GAGAGAGGGGGAAAGAGAGAGAGAGAUCCAGCCAUCAGAGGAGACUGUAGGAGCAGGACAGCAGGCAGGCUGUGCGUCAGCCGGUGCUCCAUAGGGAAACCUGGAGAUGAGCAGGAGAGGACGCAGGAGCUCAGAGUAACGGGAUCACAUAGAUGGAUGUUUCAUCAAACAGGCAACAAACAGGCAACCUGAAGGCAACCCACGCAGCGGAUAAACCACUUAUGGACGCAGUGGAUUAAAGAUCUGCAGACAGACUGAGAGGCAGAUAGAGGGAGGGGGGGACCGAAGAGGAGAGAUUCAUCAGUUUACUUCUUUAUUUUUAUUGUCAGAGGGUGCGCACUGUGUGUAUGUGCAGAUGUGUGUGUGUGUGUGGCUGCAGAAGGUAGGAGACUGCAUUGCUGUUCUCCAGCACCACACCAGAAGAAGCCGUUUAAGCUGAAUAUCUUUCUGUUCUCCCCAUUUUCACUCUCCCCCUCUCUCUCUCUUUGCAUACAUGUGUUUCACCAUUGUGCAAUAGCGCUCAAUAUGCAUGUGUGAGGGCUGAGAACGAAAAGAUGAUGAGUCUGAAGUGAGUCACAGAGCCUGACUUUAACAUCUCCAGGAUUUUGUGUCUUUUUUGUGCUGGAUUUUUGUAAACUGGCUCAAACAAAAUUUCAUUUCUAUUUUGUUAAAAUUAUGAAGCUUUCUGGAGGCUUUGAUCAGAUUCAUGCUUUGGGUUGAAGGUCCACAAGGCUGCCACUGGGGAAACUUCUCAGCUUUACACCCCAGAGAGCUGGAGGCAUCAUCAGGUAGGAGGCGGCAGAACAAGUGGGCCUGAGCGGGCAGCAGCAGGGAGUAGGAGGAAGAGUUUGUGUCGUAGACUGUGUAGGCCGGCAGAGCUGCCUAAUGGUUGAAAUUCUAGCCGAGAGAGGAUAAUGGCAGCUUUGGGGCAACUCUCCUCCUCUCCCACCUGGAUCAUCUGCAAACAAGCUGAGAGGUGCUAGUCAAAGCAGCUCAGAACCAGCCAGGAGAAUGGUGUGAUCAGUCCACCUUGCUGACCCCUACACAGCUGAAAGGGGCUAAACUUCAUAGUUCACCUUUUUUCUUCUCUUUAUGCUCCGAGCUCCUUAAAAAGAGAGGUGGCAUUUCUCCAUCUGUGUGGGAGACAUCUCCACCCCACUCCCUCUUCCUAACCCCCAAACUCCACAGCCUACAAGCUUGGUUCAGUGGCUCGCUUCUAGCUCCAAACUGUCCUUCUUCUUCCUCCCUCUGUUUUCUUUUUCUUUUCUUUUUCUUUUUGUCGAGGCUUCAAGGGAAUUGCCAAGAGCUGUUUCAUGCAUGUCCACUGGCGGCAGGUUCAACUUUGAUGAUGGGGGGUCAUACUGCGGAGGGUGGGAGGAGGGCAAGGCGCAUGGCUACGGGAUCUGCACAGGACCCAAGGGCCAGGGCGAGUACUGUGGUUCUUGGGCCCAUGGCUUUGAGCUGUUGGGUGUCUACACUUGGCCAAGCGGGAAUACCUAUCAGGGUACCUGGGCUCAAGGAAAGAGACAUGGUCUGGGCGUUGAGAACAAAGGCCGCUGGGUGUACAAAGGUGAAUGGACACAUGGCUUCAAGGGGCGCUAUGGUGUGCGGGAGAGCACAGGGACAAGCGGAAAGUACGAAGGAACGUGGAACAACGGGCUUCAGGACGGCUAUGGAACGGAGACAUAUUCAGACGGAGGAACUUUCCAGGGCCAGUGGGUCGGCGGGAUGCGUCAUGGCUACGGAGUCCGGCAGAGUGUCCCAUACGGGAUGGCGGCCGUCAUCCGCUCACCUUUACGCACCUCCAUAAACUCUCUCCGCUCCGGUUCAGAGCACAGCAAUGGGACCGCUUUGUUGGACAGAAGCGGCGCGCUGGUUCCAGGUCAGCCCCCGGUUCCGGGAACUCUGACCACCAGCGUCUCCAUGUGCAGCACGGGCAGCAGCGGCAGCAGCCCCGCAGUGUCCCGCGGAGGCUUCGUGCUGACGGCGCACAGCGAGGCUGAGCUGCUGAAGGGGAAGAGGAAAGGAGGCCUGUUUCGGAGGUCCAUCCUGUCUGGGCUCAAGCUGAGGAAGUCUGAGUCCAGAAGUUCUCUGGCGUCACAGAGAUCCAAACAGAGUUCGUUUAGGAGCGAGGCAGGGAUGAGCACAGUUUCCUCAGCUGCUUCUGACAUCAACUCCACCAUCAGCCUUGGAGAUGCGGACACAGAGCUGGCUGUUGUGGAUGAUGAUAUUGACGCCACAGCCACGGAGACCUACUGUGGGGAGUGGAAGAAUGACAAGCGGACCGGAUUUGGUGUGAGUCGGCGGUCUGACGGACUGCAGUAUGAAGGGGAGUGGUUAAGCAACAAACGGCAUGGCUACGGCUGCACCACGUUUCCAGAUGGCACCAAAGAGGAGGGAAAGUAUAAGCAAAACAUCCUGGUGAGCGGAAAAAGGAAAAACCUGAUCCCCCUCCGGGCUAGCAAGAUCCGGGAGAAGGUGGACCGCGCUGUGGAGGGCGCGCAGAAGGCGGCAGAUAUCGCCCGACAGAAGGCUGAGAUCGCUCUAUCCAGGACGGCUCACGCCCAGGGUAAAGCAGAGGCAGCGGUGGGAGCCGCCCAGAAAGCUCAUGAGGAGAGUCGAAUGGCGAGGGUCACCGCCAAGCAGUUCUCCCCAUCCUUCCAACACCCUGGAAAUGUCACACCUAUGGAGCUCUGCAGCCCCGACCUCAGCCCACCUUCUUCUUCACCGCCCCACACGCCACCUCCACCUGCUCGGCCUUCACAGCGCAGCAAGAGCGCCCGUUUCCACCGUCAGACCGCCGUGGACCAUGGGGACAGGGGGAAGGAGGGGGGGGACAGAAACGAGAAAGGUGGGGAAAGGGUGCACACGGAGAUCCAAGUGCUGAUGGAGGGAGGCAGCGGGGGUGGUGAGCGAGGGACAAAAGAGGAGUAUCCACGGGCCAACAGCUGGAGUGAGGACAGGAGGAGGGGAAUGCUGUCAAAAGGGGGGAGCGGGAUCAGCGGCCGAGGAGGAAGCCGGACCAACGGACACAAACACAGCUCCUCCAAUCACAAAACACGGGAACAUGGCUCUACCAAUCACAGACAGGCUAGAGGAGACAGGUGGACAGAGUCAUCAUCAUCCACCACUUGGACGUCUGGACACAGAGGAACGCACAGCAGGGGGGGACGACUGUUGGAGCAGGACGAGGAGAAGAUCAGCAACUACGAGAUAGAGAUGAAGCCUUUACAACCCAGAGACUCCACUACCCACAAGCCCCAUGGGCAUGGGGAGGAAAGGCAUGGGCACACCCACGUAGAGGGGCAUUCACACGGCGCGCCAAGACAGAGGCAUAAGAAUCGGGAGGGGAGGGAGGGGGCUAAAGACUCAACACACACAGGGGACAGACAGGGAGAGAAAAUGGAUUCACGGCCACUACGGCGAGACCUCACCCUGUCUCCCCCCCUAAAAUCCUCCCCCAUCAUACCUGAUCGGCAGGACUUCAGCCUCACGCCACAUACAGGAAACUCUGCCUACAGCUCCAUCCUGGUUGUCAUGGUGAUUCUGCUCAACAUCGGAGUGGCUAUUUUGUUUAUCCACUUUUUUAUUUAAAGGCGGCAAUGAUUUCAGAGUCAACCUACCUAUGCUAGAAACACCACAAAAUCAUAAGAGUAUUACAGCAGAUCUGCUGCGCCUCCAUCUCCCGGCUGACCAAUCCGGACCAAGGAGGGCUCCAGCCUUAGUCGGGCUGAAAUCGGGGGAAACCCGUGCUGAGCCGGGUCCAGGCAGGGUGGAGGAGAAGCUGAGCCCAAAGACAGCAGAUUGGCCCAGGGGAGGAUCCUGGCUGCAGGGAGUUAAGGUAGUCCAGAUGUUGGACUUAUCAAAGCUCCUAUAGGCCCUAACAGACUGAGCUGGUCUGACUCCUCAGUCCAGACAGAACUGAUGGACUGUUUCAUUGUCAGAUUAUAGUUUUAAAAACAUUUGUAUCUUUACAUUUAUUUAUUAACUUUUUCUCUUCUCAUUUGCAAUAUGUUGUUGAUUGUAUUGUUUAUUUUGCAACCCACCCGUCCUCUUUCUGAACCUCUGGCCUUUUACCUCCUCCGCCAGCCAGGCUGCUGUUACUGAUGGUUGGGGGUGUUGGGUUUGUGCUCAGGACCUGAGGAUGGUGUUCUCCUUCCAACCACGCUCAUUUAGUCUCAUUUUUCAUGUCAUCCUGAAUGCAUGUGUGCAUGUGGGAGCAUCUGAACCCACGCAGCGUGUGCAGAUGUAGAUCUGUAACAGACCACUUUAUAUAUCUGUGUUCUCCAAGUAGCUUAGCUGCUUCUCAUGCUGCUUAUGAAUUUUAUCAAAGCUUUUCAUGCCACUAGUCACAUCGAGCUACAGGUACAAGCUACCAGGUAUGUUCUUCACACUCUGUUCACCUCCAGACAAGUCAGUCAGAGGAUGGGGAUCCCUUUGAGUUGCAGAUUUGAGAUGAAAGAGUUUAGACAAAGUUUGGAUCAGAGGAAAUACUUCUUCCACAGUGCCUUGUAGAAGUAUUCAGACAGUGUUUCCAACAUUUUCUCAGAUUUCAGCCAUUAGCUUAGACAUAUUGUAUGAUGCUGAUGACCAACACAACAAAACACAUGCCUGUAAAGUGGAAGGAGAAUAAUACAUGGGUUUUGAUUGAAAAAGUCAGAAUAAUUUCCCUAUUGACUGGCCUUACCUGGGUACAGUCCACUGCAGCUACCUACUGGAGAUAUCCAAUCCCAGAGAAAAUCCCUUUAUUGUCCCACAAUGGGAAAAUUGUGAUGUUACCGCAUCAUCAAAAGAUUAUAGAUAUCUAUAUGUUUAGAUAUCUAUAUUGAUAAUAGAAUUCAUCGAAGAAAAAAAAUCGGAUUAUAUCGGCAUUCAUCAAAAAUCUAUGAGAAAAGCACUCCGCUUUGGUAUUUUAUCCAGCAGAGCUUGUAUCCCGCACACAUGGCCGGCAUGAUUGCAACCACAUUGUCUGUUAACAGAGCAUAAAACGCUACACUACAGGAGUAGCAGCGAUGUCUGCAGUGUCAUCCUACAUUUUUUUAAUUAAAGUCUGAAAAGAUCAUUGCAGCUGAGUGCAAAACUUAUUAAACUCAAGGUUCCCAUCUUCAAAUGUAUUAUAUUUAUUUUAUGCAAAUGAAGAAUACUGUUAUACUUACGUCUAAUGUUUUUGUGACCCAUUGGUAAAUAAUAAAUAGGUCAGUCUUUCUUAUACCUUUAGUUGUUUACUAUUGUGUUCUAUUUGAGAUAAAAGAUAUAUAUAUAGAUAAAAGAUGAGAUACAAAGAAGUACAAAUGAUUUGUGCUAAUAUUGUAUCGGGAAAAUUAGCAGGAAAUUAAGAAGAUUUAUCAGGACAUCCUUACGUGACUACCUUCUGCUGCCAUGUUAUGAGUAAAUAGAAUCCAACUAUUUAGUUUUAUCUAAGUGUUAAUCCAGCUGUUCUA